CUCUCUCUCUCUCCUUCUACUCCCUCUUUCUUCCUACUCCUCUUCUUCCACUCACUCCAAACCAUGUCCAUGUAUCCCUGGCAUGGUUCAACUGCCAAUACCUCUACUAGCUAUCAUACGCACUCUCUUUCUCUUUCUCAUUCUCAUUCUCAGCAGCAGCAGCAGCAGCAGCAGAAACAACACCAACAACAUCAACAACAGCACCACCCUCAUCGUCUCCAUCACACCGCAAACACCGCCGCAGCCGCCGCCGCUUCGAAUUCGCGCAUCGACUCCGCCUCCACCACCACAACAGCCACUUCCGAUCCCUCGAAUCCCGCGACUUUGGCCUUUCCGAUGUCCCAAAUGCGAUGGCUUCCCUCCAUGAUCUCCGCGCGAACGAACCCGCAGCAUGCAGCGCUUCCCAACUUAUCGACGAAUCUGCGCAUGCAACAACAGCCGACGCCGCAGCAGCCCACCGCCCAUGAUACACCACAGAACCAGCACCACCAUUCGCGUUCUCAUACACUCUCCCGGCAUUCGCAACAGCAACAGCAACAGCAACAGCCUGUUUCCGUGAUCAUUGAUGCACGUCAGCAACCGCAACAACAGCCACAUCAACAACCGUCGCAAAGAGCCGUCUCAGUCUCCAGCGACGAGAGCGAGAUCGAUCAUUCGGAUUCCGGCAGAAACCCCACCACGGCGGACGCGCUGGAAAAUCCGGACUACGGUUCGUCGGACAAUAUGAACGCGAAAACACUCACGCGUGCGCAAUCACAUGCUCGCGCGCAACAGCAGCAGCAACAGCAGCAGCAACAGCAGCGUCGUCAUGGUCACCGUUCUGUAGCUGGUGGUAGCAACGGAAACACCACCAGCAAUACUACCGCUACGACCUCUCACGGCAGCCGCAGCGGACCUCUUCCCAACGGCAAUGCGCCAACGACCCGAUCUGCGACAAAUGCCACUACUACCAUUCUUAUCGACGAUCGCGACGAUCUCGACCUCGAUCCUACUGCAGCGGGUAUCGGUGCCGACAACUCCUUGGGUCUAACUAGCGACCGCGAAGGGCCCCGCAAACACGGGAAGCGCCUGACCACCCUCGAGGAAGUGUCGCUGUUCAACAUCUGCAAUCGCCACGCUCACGAAUUCGGUCAGCGCAGCAACUUAUGCAAGUGGUGGAUGACGGUCACGGAGGAGUUCACGCGCGACCAGGGACAUCCCUACUCGUGGCAUUCGGUUCGGCGCAAGGUGGAGCUGGUGACCAAGCAACGCAUGAAGUUCUUAGAUGAGCAGCGCGAGAGAGGGGGCAGUGAGAGUGACGAUCGGUCAAAUCCGAGGUGGAGGGCUGCAGUGGAUGCAUGGAUCCCAACGUGGCAGAGGUGGGAAGAGGCGGAGGCGAGACGCAUUGAGAAGAGAGACUCGAGGCGGCCGCGAAAGAGGAAAGACAGAGGCUGGGAGACAUGGGACAACAACGGUGCCGACGGAGUUAGUCCCACCCCUGGGCCGGGCACCUGGAGGGCAACCGAGAGGGCAACCGAGAGUCAGUCGUUCUCCACCCCGGAGCACACCAAAGUCCGUCUACCCCCCGGAUUCGAUACCAUGUUCGCCAGUCAGCCGCAGUCGCAGCAUAACACCCCUACUGCGCUGGGCCGACUCAACGGUACCCCAGGAAUCGGUGACACGGGUACUGUAGAGCCAGCAUCGAUGAUGAGCGCCAUGCUAGAGACCCUGGGCAAACUCAACCGUCACCUCGAUGCCGCUAACUCCACCCCGACCUCGCUCAAGCCCAAAGUAUCCGAGACUCGCUCCUCACGCGCUACACAGCAGCAGCAGCAGCAGCAGCAACAACAACCACCACUACCAUCUCAAUCGCAAUCCUCCGACUCGGAGUCGGACGCCGACCCUUCCUUGCCCACCCAGUCUCCUGAUACACCCCAGCUUUCCUCCUCAUUCCAAAUCCCACCCGAACUUAUUGCUAAAGUCAAGGCCGAACUCCGCCAGGAGAUGCGGACCGAGCUGGCCAAGGACCGCGCAAGCCUAGAGGAGAGACUCGACUCGGUGCAACGAACACAGGAGAUGAUAUUGGAGAUGUUGAGACAGGAGCCGUCCUGAACCUCCCUUGUUCUCUUCCUGUUCCAUACAUACAUCCAUCUUCCACUUUUCCAUCCAACAAUUUCAAUAUACCCCCUCAUAUUUGUUCUUUGGAUUUUGUUCUUGACUUCAUCUUCUUCUUCUUCUACCUUUCCUUUGCCCCCCUAACCUUCACGUUUUUUAAUUCCUGCCUUUUCGUCUUUAUAUCGUUUGCAUAUGAUACCCACUGGUUCAGAGCAAUGUUGUUUCUUUGGUUCGCUCGGCCAGCUUCUUCAUUUCUUCAUUUUCUUCACUCAUCCUGGAUACUUCCUUGAUAUCCAUUGAUAAUUGUGUGUGGGCUAUGAUUGAGUAUACACUAUCAAGGCUCAUUGGAAACCCCCUACCUAAAUUAUUACGCAAUGGAUUGGGAAAUCCAUCCCAGACACAAU